CACCCCGGAGCUGCUAGAUAGAAUGUGCGCGUGGCCCGCCACCUGACCCACUGCCAGGAGAGGCGGAAAAGCGGGGACCAAGGUACUCCUGGCUUUGCUUCCAGCUCGCUAUGUGACUUUGGCGCCAAGUUCAGUGCCUGACACAAAGGAGGAGAGCAGUAACUGCCGCUAUCCUUCAUUCCAUCUAUCCGACGCACUGGUGGAGCGGCAGCCGUCUUAAUACCGUCACUGGCCAGCAGAGGGCAGGUGGUGACCAGCCUUCUUGCCCAGCUGAGCAACCUCUCCGCCCGCAGGCGCCAUGGGACUGGGACAGUUCAUCCAGAAGUCCAGCUGCGUGCUCCCCCUUGGCCUGAGAGAUUCCUCCCACUCUUCCCCCAAAAUGGUUUAAGGACUGAAUUGCAACGCAGAAGCAAUAAGUGAACUUUUAAAGAUGCAUAUGGGGCUGCAUAAAGCGAAGAGAGAAACUGGAGAAACUAAUGAAGUAAGCAAAAAGUUUAAUAGGGAAAACUUGCUUUCUGCCAACAACUGAAAAAGCUACCCUUGGAAACGUUUCUUUGGCCCUCAUGGAGCGGCUGGAACUUGUACUGUGAGGCCCUUGAUGGGACGAGCUUUCGGCCACUGAUCCCCCAGAGUGGCUGUCACCAUGGCCAGCAAGAGGAAGUCCACCACCCCGUGCAUGAUCCCGGUGAAGGCGGUGGUGCUGCAGGCCCCCAGCGCGGAGGCCCAGCCGGCCGAGGCUUUGCCUGAAGGACCCCAGCAGGACCUGCCCCCAGACGCGCCUGCCGCGAGCGGCGAGGCCACCCAGAACUCCAGCAGCACCGACGGCGCCGCGCUGGCCAACGGGCACCGGGCCACUUUGGAUGGCUAUUCGUAUUCCUGUAAAUACUGCGAUUUCAGGUCCCAGGACAUGACCCAGUUUGUGGGGCACAUGAACUCCGAGCACACAGACUUUAAUAAAGACCCAUCUUUUGUAUGCACUGAGUGCAGUUUCCCGGCAAAAACUCCUGAGGGGCUUUCUCUGCACAAUGCCAAGUGCCACUCGGGGCACGCCAGCUUUGUGUGGAAUGUGGCCAAGCCAGACAAUCACGUCGUUGUGGAGCAGAGCGUCCCCGAGAGCACCAGCACUCCUGACCUACUGGGCGAGCCCAAUGCCGAAGGGACCGAUGGGCAGGCGGAAAUCAUCAUCACCAAAACCCCGAUCAUGAAGAUCAUGAAAGGCAAAGCUGAAGCCAAAAAGAUUCAUACGCUCAAGGAAAACGUCCCCAAUCAGCCCGUCGGCGAGGCCUUACCAACCUCAUCAGCUGGGGAAGCAGAGGUGAAAGAGGGGGACCACUCCUUUGUCAACGGGGCCGUCCCAGUCAGCCAGGCAUCUGCCACCCCCACAAAGGCCCCCCAUACGGCCAACGGGCCUCUGACAGGGACGGUGCCAGUUCUGCCCGCCGGCAUCGCGCAGUUCCUGCCCCUGCAGCAGCAGCCGCCCUUGCGCGCCCAGCACCACGCCCACCCGCCACCGCCCACCUCCAAGUCCCUCCCCAAAGUGAUGAUCCCGCUGAGCAGCAUUCCCACGUACAAUGCGGCCAUGGACUCCAACAGCUUCCUGAAGAACUCUUUCCACAAGUUCCCCUACCCGACCAAAGCCGAGCUCUGCUAUUUGACGGUGGUCACCAAGUACCCAGAAGAACAGCUCAAGAUCUGGUUCACAGCCCAGAGGCUAAAGCAAGGGAUCAGCUGGUCCCCUGAGGAGAUCGAGGACGCACGGAAAAAGAUGUUCAAUACGGUCAUUCAGUCUGUACCUCAGCCCACCAUCACCGUCCUCAAUACCCCCCUGGUUGCCAGCGCUGGCAACGUCCAGCAUCUCAUCCAGGCCGCUCUCCCGGGUCAUGUUGUGGGACAGCCAGAAGGCACGGCAGGGGGACUUCUGGUCACUCAGCCACUGAUGGCCAACGGGCUGCAGGCACCGAGCUCGUCCCUGCCCCUGGCAGUGACAUCGGUCCCCAAGCAGCCGGCUGUUGCGCCCAUUAACACUGUGUGUUCAAACACGACGUCAGCCGUGAAGGUGGUGAACGCAGCCCAGUCUCUGCUCACAGCGUGCCCCAGCAUAACUUCCCAAGCCUUCCUCGAUGCCAGCAUCUACAAAAAUAAGAAAUCCCAUGAACAGCUGUCAGCUCUGAAAGGUAGCUUCUGUCGGAACCAGUUCCCAGGACAGAGCGAAGUUGAGCAUCUGACCAAAGUGACGGGCCUCAGUACCAGGGAGGUGCGGAAGUGGUUCAGUGAUCGCAGGUACCACUGCCGGAACCUCAAGGGCUCCCGGGCCAUGAUGCCCGGAGAUCCCGGCUCUGUCAUCAUCGACUCUGUGCCAGACGUGCCCUUCUCUCCGGCGUCCAAGGCCCCUGAGGUGACCUGUGUCCCACCAGCAGCCACUCUGGCCACCCACCCUUCUGCCAAACGACAGUCCUGGCACCAGAUCCCUGACUUCACAUCAACCAAAUACAGGGAGCGAGCCCCCGAGCAGCUCCGAGCCCUGGAGAGCAGUUUUGCACAAAACCCCCUUCCUCUCGACGAGGAACUGGACCGCCUGAGGACUGAAACCAAAAUGACCCGAAGAGAGAUUGACAGCUGGUUUUCUGAGAGAAGGAAAAAAGUGAAUGCGGAAGAGACCAUGAAAGCUGAUGGGAGUGGCUCUCUGGAGGAGGGGGAGGCCGCUGAGGAUGAGGGUGGAGCAGACAUUUUGGCGGGUGACCUGAGGGUCCCUGGGGAGAAUGGCUCCCUGGAAAUGCCCAGCAGCCACAUGUUGGCAGAACGCAAAGUCAGCCCCAUUAAAAUCAAUCUCAAGAACCUGCGGGUCACUGAAGCCAAUGGCAAAAGUGAGCUGCCCGGGCUGGGCCCCUGCGAGCCCGAAGACGACGGCCCGAACAAGCUGGCCGAGCAGCCCCCUGGCAAGGUGAGCUGCAAGAAGACAGCACAGCAGCGACACCUGCUGCGCCAGCUCUUUGUGCAGACGCAGUGGCCCAGCGCCCAGGACUACGACUCCAUCGUGGCCCAGACGGGCUUGCCGCGGCCAGAGGUGGUGCGCUGGUUCGGGGACAGCAGGUACGCCCUGAAGAACGGCCAGCUCAGGUGGUACGAAGACUACAAGCGGGGCAAUUUCCCACCAGGGCUGCUGGUCAUGGCCCCUGGCACCCGGGAGCUGCUGCAGGACUAUUGCCUGACACACAAGACGCUGAGUGAGGAGGACCUGCAGAGCCUCUGCGACAAGACCCAGAUGAGCUCCCAGCAGGUGAAGCAGUGGUUUGCCGAGAAAGUGGGCGAGGAGAUCCGGGUCGUGGCAGACACAGGCGGCGAGGACCAGGGCCCUGGGGACCCUGCAGCAGUUCACAAAGGGCUCGGUGACACCUAUUCGGAGGUGUCAGAAAACAGUGAGUCAUGGGAGCCCAGUGUCCCUGAGGCCAGCUCAGAGCCCUGUGACACUCCGAGUCCCCAGGCUGGACGUCAGCUGGAAACAGACUGAAUUAGAACCAAUUACUGUGAAGGACGGGCCAGUCUGGGAUGCCGCCUGCCAUGUGGAAGGGCCCCACCGACUCUCUGCUGCCACAGGCCGUUCCCAUGCCUGGCCGCUGGGCGCGCACAAGAGCUUCUGGAAGCCUCCCAGACAGCCCAGAGCCCCCGUCACCUUCCGCCUGCCACCACCGAGCAAGCAGGGAGAGCAAGUUCUCGUCAGUUCUUCCUCCCACAAUGUAGGACCUUUCCUUUGACUUCCAGUGGAUAACGUAGUUCAGAUUUCAUAUUCAUAGACACAGAGUCAAAGUUUUAACCUAUAAAUCCGCCUAUACACAUUUAAUAAAACAUCAUAUUAUAAACACUUUUAUUACAUAGAAACUUUGGUUAGCAAAGCAGUACAUUGUCUUUUACAUCAUCUCUGAAAAUGCCCUGUGUCUGUUCUCUGGAGAUGGCUGGGGCCACAGGUCCCCUCACUGUCCAGGGUCAGGCAGGCGCUGUGGGCACCCUCAGAUUCCGCCUGGAGCCCCUGGGCCCCCUUUGUGUUCCUCAAGGCAGUACCUUUGGAGAGACUCCCUCUGCGUUCAGCGGUGACCAGCACAGCUUCCUCUGGGCUGGCCUUGCCUGAUGGGAUCAUCAGUGCAGAGCCCACUGUGUCCCGCAUUUAAAAAUGGACUGGUUGUGUGAUUUGUGUGGGGUGCUCCCCACUCUCUUAAGUGGUUGCAGUAAUUCUGCUUUUUCACGGAAGUUUGAAUCAUGGACCAUAACUUUGUCAGUUUCAACUACAGAAACGUUUGUUGUCAAGCCUAAUGUACUGACCUAGGUGCCCGCUUUAAAAAAAAAAAUCUUUUUUUAGAUGUUUAGAGUGAGAGGAAAGUUGAAAACAGAAACGGGUGGGGUGAAAGUCAGUGCACAGCCACAGUGUGGGGUGUUCCAAGCCCAUCCCCCUCUCUUCAGAGCCACCUGUGUUUUAGGAAGGAAGACCCACCUUGCCUGGAAGCGAGAGCGAGAACCGAUGGGAUUCAGGACUUCUUAAAGUGAUCAGAGCUGGGGUGGCCUCGACACAAAGACCUAGCAGGACCCCCAGGUGCUCCCGGCACCCUCUCCAAGGGCCUGGCUGGCGUGCUGGUCACUUGCCCAGGGGUGCUGGCCAUCACUGGACAGGUGCUCGUGAGGAUUUCUAAUUUGAAAGUUCAGUAUUUAUUUCCGCAAAGUUGGAAACAAGAUCUCUGUCUGCUUUAGCUUAACCCUCAUAUCCAUUGUUUUAAUUGAGAAAAAUCACAGGAAAAGGUGCCUUUGCAACAUUGGGAAACUUGCUUACAAAGUUGUACUAAAUGGUAAAUCUCUGUUUCCCCAAGACUGGCUGCUCUGAGAGCAGCCGGGGACGAGCGGGGCGGGCAGAAGCAUCGCCUGCAGCUCCGCUCACCUCCAGGAAACCACCUGCGUCCCAGAGCAUCAAGGCCUCAGGCUGGGCUCGCAGCACUAGGAGACCCCUGAGGGAGGCGUGGGCUUUGGGCAGGAAGCUGGUGGUGGGUCAGGCGCCAUCCUUCUCCCGACCCCACCAGGGAACUGGACUGGACAGGGCCUUCACUGGCUGCCUGCGAGGACGAAGAUGCUCGCAGCACCCUCUGCUUCCAGGAGAGGGCUCGCUUGGAAGCCAGAAGCCCUCAAACCAUCCUUGUCCUUCAGAAGUGUCUCCUGCCCUCUCUGUCCCAAUAGGAAACUCCUCUUAACGUGUUUCAAACAGGUGACUUGUGAGUUGUGCAGCCUGUUUUUGUAUCCUUUCCAUUUUGGGCAUAAAGCUAUUAACCCCAAAGGCCUCUCUGUGGAAUUGCCAAGAAUGGCGAGUUACUGUCUUCCUUCAGAGAACAGACACGUGGAAUUUUUCCUUUAGCGUUUAUGUACAUUCAGAUUAAUUUAUAUGUACACAUAUACAGUGCAGAGAUCCAUUUGGUACUUUGCUCCGGAAAUAGGCAUCUGACGUGUGUACUCUUGAGGAACUUAGUGGCUGGCAUGUGGAUUUCGGGGAAAGUAGCCUGUGUUGGAGGGAAUGCCGGUACAUGGGGUGCCCUGGGCGGCCCGGCACGAAGCCACCUGCAGGUAUUGGGGAGACACCCUCCCAGCAUCACCCCCAGGGCCCUGCACGUACUGGCCAAUGGGGCAUGUCUUUAGAGAGGGUUUCCUUGGUUAUUUGUAUUCGCAUUUCACUUAUAACCCAAACAGCAAGACAGAAAAAAAAAAUGGUGGACAAGUUCAUGUAGGUCAUAGACAGCGAUCCACCCUCAGCACCAGCUCGUCUUUAAAAGCUGGAAAAGGCGGCCUGUUUUCCUCACAGAGGUUGGUCCUCACCACCAGCCAGGUAAGGAGCCCAGCGAGGGGCCAGACCCUCCUCCCCACUGGGCUCUCGGACGGGAGUGAAUGAGUGGGUGUGGGCCUCACGCUUGAAAAGAAUAAGAUGAUCAAAGGUGAUGGUGGGAGAGAUGGCUGGGUCAUUGAGCAGGUGCCUGAAGGGACGUUGCAGCAGGUUCCCUGGGCUUUGAUGUGGGCACAAAACCAUGAACACGGCUAACCGGGCACAGAGAAAAACCCACACAGGCCCGGAAAUCAGGACUGCACCAGCAGUGCCGUGGGCCCAUAGGACGGUAGCAGCCACCCCGUGGCCCCGUCACAAGGCAGAUCGCUGACAGGUUAGAUUCUGUGAUGUCGCCUACGGUGGAAUGCAGCUGUGGGCUGCAGAGUUGAGAGGGGUGGGGUGGAGUUAGCCUGUCCUGAAGAAAAAGCCCAUUUCGUAAGGUGACUAAUCUCUCUCUGCCCCCUGCAUGCACCUGGACCCAUUGGAGACAGUACCAUAUCUCGGUGUUUCUCGUUGCCGACGACUUAUCCAUGUGUGGUUUAGUGUUUUUUACAGGGGAUUGUAGAUCCAGUUUUAAUAGGUGAAACCAGGUCACCGUUUUAAUACAGGAAUUCUGGAUUUAUGAUACAUAUACUUUGCAUAUUUCGAUUACUUGUUUUAUUUCUUGAUUCUUGAGGAGGUUUUUGAUUUGGGAGGAGGUCCUCAUUUCUGGGAGUUGCAGGUUCCUGAAAUAGAAUUCCUGAGUAGGAUGGCUGCUGGCCGCCGGUUGGGGCUUUGGCAGCACACUGUGACUUAGGGAUCCCUGCUUGGCCGAGUGACUGGCAGCUGUUCAGGUGGACCAAAGCGCCUUGACCUGAGGCCCCCACACCCCGCUCUCCAGAAGCAGAAGCUGGGAGCUGGGCAGUGUCGGCUGGUGCCUUGUAGGCUCCCUCGUGUGCUGAUGGCCUCGUCCCAGCUGGCCGUGGGAGGCCGGCCGCCAGGAGGUUUCAGUGUGCUCUCUAGGCUGAGAAGUGGCUCUUGGGGGUUUUCUCCUGCUCAGUCAGUGAUCCAGGGACAGGCCCUAUGUCACCCCCUUCUGGCCUCUGACUCGGGGACACCUGCCAGGCAGCUUGCCGUGCAGGGUGCUUGCGUUUCUAGCCACAUUCACGCCCACCACUCCCUGCUUGUGCGGCCCUGUUUUGAACCCUAUUACCUCUUACCUCCCUGUUCUCUUCUCGGACCAAAAUUUGGGGAUUGGAGCAGCUUUGUCAGAUCAGACGCCACAGCCCAAGUGGAUAAAGGAUUUGGCAGAAGAGAACCAGCCAAGAAGAAAAUCUUAAAACCAAACCUAUAGUUUGGGUUUUUCUUUAGUUUCUCCCCCACCCCCUUUUUCCUUGCUCGGAGUUUACCUGGGGCAGGUUACCUGUUUGACUCGCCUUUUCUAUGAAGCUUACAUUUUCACGUGUCCCAUUGAUUUGCAAGGCUCAGUUGUACGCUGACGGAGAAAAAGCCUCUAGACAUGUAAAGGUCCACACAGCCAGCUCUUCAGGUCACAGCCAAGCCGCCUGCCUGGGUCAGGAGGACAACGGGCUCAGCUCUCCUCACUCCAGACAGGGGUCCCCCUGCAGUCUCCUUCGCUGCCUUUCCCUAAGCACAGGCCCACCCAGCCUUCCUGCCCAGACCUGGGGGGCAUCUCUGUGUGGCUUGGGGAGCACCUGCCCACAGAAAAGCUCCAAUACCUGAGAAGGGGGGUAUGGAGCCCAAGCCUGUCCUGCACAGUCCCCUCCCCAAGUGAGGCUUCAAUCUGGGUACCCACCAUGCUGUUUUCUGUGGCCCAUUUUAUAGAAUGGGUUUUGAUUUUGGCCGAGUAGAUGGAAGUGGCCAUCAUGGGUGCCGCCUGGCCCACUGCCCAGUCCAACUCUACGUCCAAACGGAGCUGACAGGCCUCGGCUUGAAUUCAUUUCUGCUGGAACCUGUCUGUUCCCAGUGUCCAGUCACAGUGGGAAGGGGUCGGGGGAUGAACCCCAGUUCCCCUGCAGUUGGCCCGGCGUCUGUAAGUAGCUGUGAGGACCACAGACCGAGCAUUUGGCCCCAGAGAGUCUGCUUUUUGGUUCUUCAGUCCUGAGCUCACUGUCAAGACUGGCUGUUCUGUGACCUGCCUGCAAAGCUGGCCAUUCCUUUGAAUGGGGCUCGCCCUUCACCAGACUGGGGACAUGACAGCCUGGACCUAACAGGAGCCAGGUGUUCUUGCUCUAAAACCUGGAGCAGGGGCGGAGACCCCACGUCGGGGAUGGACGAGGCAGGCCCUGGUUACCAUACGGCCAUGGACGGGCUGUCUUGAUUUUUAAAGACUCAGAUCUUUUGGUUUGCAGGACUGCAAGGAUUCGCGAAGAACAUAGUUACUGCCUUGUUAUCACCAGCCCCCCCCCCGGCCCCCCGGGCUUUUGCAGGGGCAAGCAGUGAGCAUGGCUGUCAGGUGGGGGCUGCGGUCGUGUCCGCUUAGUGUCCUGCUGUCCUGUCGGGGUGGGUGGCCAGCCAGGGGUCCUGAGAGGAGUGCGAGUGUUCACCUGAAACUUGCCGUCAGUGCCUCUUCCUCCGGAACGGCCCUGUGGGGAGCAUGUGCGCACACAGGAGCACCUGAGUGUGGGAGUGAAUAGCUUUCCUUGGCUAAUGCUUCCUAACUUCUGUUCCCUUCCAUGAUAAAUGGAGGAUUUAAAAGUACUCAGUGUGACUGGAGCUGAAGGUGUAAUGUCUAGGAUGAUAAAGGCUGUUCAGAGCCACCGAAUAUAUAAAGCUCCAAGUGCUUGGUCUUCCUGAGUCAAACCCCAGCGUAGACACACUGUUAGGGUACGAACCUACCCGUGUGCUGCCUGUUCGUCAUGUCAUCUGUGUUUAAAGGGAUGGUCACUCGUCCCUGGCUCCUGCCCAUACAGCUGUCUCAUUUGUGCAGUUUGCUUGAAAUGUGGGCGGGUCCGCAGGUUGAGCUGACGGAGGGCGAGGGGACCGCCAGCACCGCCCCCAAGGCCCAGCAGAGACCCUGCAUGGUAAUGGGGCCUCAGUGAACCGGGGCCAGCGCCAGGGGAGGAGAAGCGGUCACUUCUGGGCGGAGGAGUUCCCACCAGGCUUCUGAGAGCCGCUUUGUUGCGCUGUGUCAGGAGGGCCAGACUGUGCCAUAAUUGUUAUCGAAAGGGGAAAACAUGCCAGCCGCCCCUCUGCCCUGCCGGCCAUUGUUCAUUGACAGUUGACUGAGCAGUCUUUGUGGGAGUCGGGAGGUUGCCAGAAGCUGUGGAUUCCUUCCUGCCGCUCCUGAUUCCUGGUUUUCGACCGCCCGACCGCCUGUGUCUGUUGUCUCCAUGCAAACCCUUUGUUCCCGAGGGCCACAUUGCUGAGAAGCGAUGCGGGAAGGACUGUGGAGCAGUUUGCUUUUGGUGUGCUUCCUGUCUCCCAGAGAUGGCUGAAGAAACGAUCAUCUUGGUGCUAAGAGGCAACUGCCCUGUUUCUGUCUGUCCAGAGGCAAAUCAAAACUUGACCGAACUGUGGAAUAGGGUCCCCCCUCCCGCGGUGGCCAAAUGUGAGAGACCAAACCAAGAGGCGUGCUGUGCCUGUCAUUUAGGCCUGGGUGGACCAGGGAUGCUUUACCCUGCGUGAAUGUUUUCAGCAGAGAUGGGACUUGCCUCUGGAUGAUGGCUGUGCCGAGCUGGGAAGAGGGGACUGCCCUCUCAGCUGUCUCCAGGCAUCACGAGGUCCCCUGUGGGGAUGCUGCUAUUUCUACGAUGCAAAUUGCACAUUUCCUAGAUUUUGUAUCUGUGGAUUUGGAUAAGGGAGGGGAACAGGGACAAACUGCUUGUACAAUUUGAAAUGGGCCGAAAUGGUACUUCAGAUCUUUUUGAUUGUUCCUAAAUAAAAGCGUAAAUACACUUCA